CGUAGAGUCAGCGCGCGGGAGACCAUGAAAACACAAACAGUCAUGACUACUAUGGAUUAAAAUUCAAACACUCUUAGACUGCACAAGAGGCCGAAAUACCAGGUGAAACAGACUCUGCAACUGAUACCAUGGCAGAUGACUUCAGCCAGUCCUUGACCCCACCAGUUUCCCCAGGAGACAGUCUGUGUGAGCUGGCUCCAGUUCGACCACCGUGCUUCUGCUGCUCUGACUUAAAAGAUGACCCCAGCGGGGUACUUUCCACAGACGGAUACGUUGCUAGAGGCUCCCUGAAACGGCUGCUCUUGCGUCUUGACCCAGCCCCUGCAGAGUUUGAGACGGACAUGGUGGACAUCUUUGGCUUCUCCUGGGUGACGGAGACAGCACUGGUGGAAUCUACAAAACUACUCUUCGGCCUGUUCAGACAAACGAUUUACAAGUUGGAGACUUUAGUGCAGUCCGGCUCACAUGACUUUGGUCAAGCAGGAAAUCUUCACUAUGAAGCAGAAGGACUUCGGCAAGAAUGUGUUACAUUUCUUCAGUAUGUCAAAGUCUUCCUGCACAGAUAUCUUGAGCCUUCCAGGUCCAUGGAUGCAGGUCACUCACAUCCUUACGAGGAGCAGGAGGCUCAGCUCCCCUCUGCUCUUCUGGAGGAGCUGUUUGGAGUCACUCUCCUCAUAGGACGACUCAAAGACCUUCCUACAAAUGUUCAAAGUGCAUUUAUUAUACAGAAUCAUGGAAAGAUUUUCCCUCCCUCCUGGCAUCUGUUACACCUUUAUCUAGACAUCCAUUGGUCAGUCUUGGAGAUUCUUCACCUACUUGGUCACAAGAUGCAGGGCCAGGUGGUGUACGCCCACCAGUUUGUGAACUUGACAGGAGAGAACCUGACUGAUAGCAGUCUGUUUGACGAACACCUGUGCAGUCUGUUGUGUGACCUUACUGGUCUGGCCAUGGGCAAAUACAGCAAGGUGAGGCCUACAGAGGCACUGAGCAGCCAUCAUUACCUUUGCACCUGCACCAAAGAGCUGUGGGUCCUGCUCAUGUACCUUCUGGAAUACAGGAAUAAAUUGUUACACACACAGUCUUUCUGGAGCCACAUGAACUCAUUGCUGAGGCCCCUGGUUUUAGGGAAGCCUUCCACAGAGCAGUUCAGUGGUCUCCCCACGCACUGUAAAGACACUCUGGGAUUCACAUGGUGGCUGGUCACUCAUUUAGCAAUGUUGGGCCAGUAUAGUCGGAGCGGCGUGGUCCAGAAUGAGAAAGAUCUGGGGGAUAACUGGACUUUUGUGGAUGAGUUGCUCAAAUUAAGUUGUAACCCCAAGGGAGGUCUAGCAGAAGAGCAGCUCAGGAUGCAUGUCCACUGCUGCCUCAGUCUUUGUCUGCUGUGGGAACCGAGCACCAGCGCUGUCUCCAUCCUCUGGGACUACUACAGCAAGAAUUUGAGUGCCUCAUUUACUGUGCCCUGGCUGGGGAUGUCUGGCCUGGGCAUUUUAUGCAAGACACCUCUAGCUCUGUUGGAGCAGGCCCGGAGCUGCUGUUCCCUGCCUCCCCUUCGCUCUCCAGGACACACCCAGCUCUAUCGCUCUGCCAACUCCUUCCACAUCUUCCUUCGACUGCUGGCCCUGUGCCUUGCCCAGGAUCGGGCUGGAGGAGUCCCACAGAGACAGAUCAAAGGGAGGAUUUACUCCAAGUUCUCCUCAAAGAAGAUGCAGGAGCUGUCAGAGGCGGGUCUCAUGAACUUUCUGCUGCUUUUUCUGGUAGUGGCCCGUCAGGUAGAGCUGGAAGAUGUGGCCAGCAGAGCCUGUGAGCUGCUUGGCUUUCUGCCCUCUAACUGCCCCCUUGGACACCGUACGCUAGUCUGGAGAGGACAGCUGUCAAUGGUGUUGCUUUUCCAGGAGAGGGGUCUGGAUGUUGGGGCCCAGGCUAGCUUGCUGGCUUCGUCCUUCAACGAGACGGCCAAGGAGUUCUACAACAAGACCACAGAGGUCUCUCGCAGACUUGCCCUCUGGGGGCCUCUCGGCUCCUACCUGGAGGGUGUGGCCGAGGUGUUUGAGACAAGCACAAGCCUCAGCCUAUCAGAGGAAAAGCUGCUCAGUGAAGGGUUCGAUUGGUUGCUGCCUGCCUGUCGCCAGUCCGAGCUGAAUUCUGCUUUGGGCUUUCUGCAGAUUGUCCUUGCGCAGCUCAGACGAGUCCAUCAACGCAGUGACCAGUCAGCUCCCACCCUGGCCUGGGCUCCCGCUACCACCAGCGUGGUGAAAGAGCGCCACCUAGCGGUUGCAGCUGCUCUCUGGGCUCACUUCUUCCCCUUCCUGCGCAGCCUACGCCUUUCUCAGACCCCUCCUGCACAGCUUGCAGAUGCAGCUGCAGGUUUUACCCUGCUCGCCUUUGAUCUACCCAGUUCGGCACCACAGGACCUUCAGCCCAAUCCAGUCCAGUCCGUCAUGCAAUACUUUGGGUGGGAUGACAUGGUUCACCCACUUCUGGUGACUCGCUACCUUUCCCAUCUGCUUCAAAACAGUGAGCUGGUGUCCUCACUGAGUGGAGAUCCUGGUGUUGCUGCGUCAGGUUCGGCACAAAGCCUGUCAGUGAGGGCCUGGUUCAGAUGUGUUCUACAGCAACACCUUCACAAGAACCCAGAUGGGACUGACAACCGAACAGGCCGGGCUGUGGAACAACAGCUGUGCGAGCUGACCCGGCUUGUACUGAGGCUACCCGAAGUGGAUAGCCUUCUGCAAAGAGCCAGCCUUAAUCCCACAGCAACCAGGCCGGAGCCCACUGCAGCCCUGGAGAUGUUUGUCAAGGCUGUAGGCAGUGUGUACAGUGGACUGAAGGCUUUGUCUGAGCGUUCAGCCAUGGUGACCACAGCCCUAGACUACAUUGGUGACAUCCUGAAGCACAUUAAACCAUCUCUGGUCGGCAAGAACCAAGAGGGAAUACAGCUGGCAUACUGGGCUGUUGGCUGCAUUGUGAAGCACUGGAGCCCCCUGCUGGCCACGUCAAAAGCACAACAGCUGUUGUUCCGCAUUGUAGAUGGACUGCUGCUUCCGCACAACCUCACACAGCAGGACAAAGCUCUCAGAGACAGCCUGCCUCUGUAUAUACAGGGUCUGUCCAUGGCCUCCAGUAUGUCUCAGUCCCAGGGUGUUUACCUGAAGCAGCAGCUUCGCUCUGUAACUCGCAGAUAUUUGGACCAUUUCCUUCCUUCCUCGCCAUCUGUGGGCAUUAUUGCCAACCAUCCAGUGCUUCUGAGUGCCUGUGAGGCCAACCCAACCAGCCAUGGAGUUGCUCUGAGGAGAACCAUCCUGGAGGUGCUUUGUCAGAGCUUCCUGCAGUUCAAAGGUCAUGCCUCCCCUCCUCGCCUGGCGUCUGUCCUGAUGUUCCUGCUGGAGCUUCUGAGACGAAACAGUGACUCAGACCCCUCCCUCCUCACUGUGCCCCUUCCUUCUCUGCUGCGCUGCAUUAUGCUAGUCAACGAGCCACAGGUAAGAAAGGCGAGCACAGAUGCCUUACAGCUUGUGGUUGAGCGAUGCGGUGGUGCAGCUACAGAGAGACCAUGUGACCAGAUUAUCUCGGUCUUACGGUCCUUUGUGGAAGAGAACGCGGGCAUCUAUGACAAGCAGGUAUACGGUGUCUUGGAGAUUGUGGCUGUUUUAGAUCCCACUGUGGUUCAAGCUCUCAUCCCCAACCUGUCUCUCAGUCUGAGAAACACUGAACACAAAAGAGGACUGGGCAAGAACAUCGCCUUGAGGAGUGUGUAUGUGAAGUUGCUGGGUCUCCUUGGGGAAAGUGGGCAGGCUGAAAUCACCAGUCUGGAAAGCGAGUGAAAAAUUUUCCAGAAAAGAGAGACCUGCUCCAGGACCUGCCACAACCUCCAAGAAUCUCUCCUUAGUCAUAUGUUUUCAUUUUUGCCAUUUUUUUUAUAAAGUGUGUCAGUGCUGCCUAUGACGGUGUCUUGGAAAAUAUGAGUGUUUAAUUUAUGUUUAGCAUCAGCUGUAAUAUUCCUGAAAACUCAAAUGCAGUCGUUAAAGCACAGAAAGGAUUUGUAGAAGGUUUCAACAAUGUGUCAUCAGUUGAAUGUUCAACUGAAGGUCCAAUUAUGGCUUAAAAGCUUAAUAUCACCUGGCUGUAGAUAUGUACAUAUUGUAAAGAAGUGCAGCUUUGCAUUUUGGGAGAUGCACAGUUACUGAUUUAAAAAUGUAACAAUAAAUGUGAA